AUGAAUUUGGUAGUUUUGGUGGUCGCUUUGGCGUCUGUUGCGUGCGUGGUGGCUUUGCCGGUGAAAAAUGACGACCUUGCUUGGAUGAACAGUGGCAAAUUCGAAGGCGACAUGGUGCUGAACCAAGAGCAAAUGAUGGCAGUCUUGGGUCUUGGCCCCAGAAACGGCCUCAUCGACAAGAAGUACCGAUGGCCCUUGAAGCAUGUACCCUAUGCCAUCAUACCAGGAUACUUUAAUAAAGAACAAGAAGACUACAUCCACAAAGCCGUUGCCGAGUUCAAUAAAAUCUCCUGCGUGAUUGUUAGGCCUAAAAACAGCUCUGACACCAAAUACGUCCAGGUUACGGGUAAGACCACAGGUUGCCACUCCAGUGUCGGUUUCCAAAACGGCAUCCAAACCUUAAAUCUGGCCCCAGACGCCAUCGAAAAGGGUUGUUUCCGAAAGGCGACGAUUCAGCACGAAUUCCUGCACGCCAUCGGCUUCUACCACCAGCAAUCGACCUACGACAGGGACGACUACGUCACCAUUAUGUGGGAAAACAUUCAAGACAACCAUCAGCACAAUUUCAACAAAUAUGCUGCAACCACCGUCCAAGAUUUUGGUGUAAGUUAUGAUUACUCGAGUGUGAUGCAUUACUCGGCUUAUGGGUUCUCGAAGAAUGGACAAAAGACCAUAGUGACCAAGGAUCCAGCAAUGUCAGAAGUCAUCGGCCAAAGAGUGAAGUUGAGCGAUAAGGAUAUCUUGAAACUUAACGCUAUGUAUUGCAAGGGAUGA